AUGUUCUCAAGUCUUGCGACAGCAGCCAAGGGUUUCUUCACACGACAAGACGCCGACGACGUACUAGCCGAUCGAACCACUGCUUCAUCCGCAAACACAUCCGCCAUGGUUGUCGCAACCCGAAAAGGGACAGUCGCGUCUCGAGAGAAAGAAAACUUGGCGUCAAACGACGCCUCUCAGCAAGGAAAACGUAAGGCUCAGCCGGUCGCUACAGAGAAGACGGAGGACAAGCAGAGCAAGCGCAGGAAGAGGAAUGCGCAGGAACUUGAGGAUGAAAGUGCCGAAGACACCGCCAGUGAAAGAUCAGAUGAGCCAUUCAUGAAUGGCGGCGAAGCAGAGCCCAAGAAACAUUUCCGGUUUGGAAGUGAAGAUGCGGAACCAUCAACGACAGCUACACAAUUGGAGCCGAUCUCAUCCCAAGGCGACCAGGACGACGAUGACAGUGAUAGCGACGACGAUGCGCCGGAGGCAUUUGACAACGCAGCGGCUCUUUUGAGAAUCAAGGAACAAGCUAGAAAGCAAGAGAAGGCAAAGCAACAAGAGGAUCAAUUGCGAAAGGACAGGCGGCGAAAGCUCGAUGAAAUUCGCAAGCUGCAGGCCAAGUCUAAGCCCACCGAACGCACAGCAUCUAGCGAAGAUCUCUUGUCCGAAAGUACCACAACCUUACUGGGAGACAACACUGAAGACGCCCGACGACGUGCCUUGCCUGCAUUGCUUCCAGAUGACAUUCUGAAUGCCGAGCCAGUGGCUCGUCCCCCGACACCACCGGCCGACAACUUCGGCUUUGCCAUCCCUCGGAGAUCCAACAAACUUCGAUUCCUGGAAAAGUCUGAGAAGCCCCCGAAAGACCUCCAAGUCGGCGAUGUCACAAUCCGAGUUCUGGAUGCGCCGGCCACAAAACAAAGUUCCAAGCCUGCGCUGCCCCCCAAAGCCUCCAAGAGUGGACGAGGCACCAGAGAGGGAUGGCUGAAGCAGGAAAAGAGCACGGCGCACGUCAAUGGUCUGCGAAGGACAGCGGGCGGCUCCACAGGUUUCAAGCGCCGAUGA